UCCAUUGCUUAGAUGAUGGAAGGAGAAACAAGUAAGCGAAGGAGGGUUUAUUCAUUUGAACCCAAUACUGUACUACGUGUUGUUUUCUUUCACAAAUAUGUGAAUUAUUUGUUGCCAGCACUAUCAAAACUCAGUAAGAAGAGAUCUUCAGAUGUAAAUGAAGAUAUAGAACAUGAGAAAAUGGUGAGGUUUGAAGUAGAUUUGGCUCUUGUACUCUCUGCAGAAAGCUUUAGAUGGAGUCAUGCCCUAAAACACAAGCUCUCGAAAGAAAAAGGCGUAAAAGAGAUUCAAAGUAGUCCAAUUACAACCUUCCCAAACUUCAUUAGCCUUCUGCAAACUUAUAAGUACUACAAUGGCGGAUCUAUCAUCAUUGGAGAAAAUAUUAAAGAUGGUAUUACACCAUUACCUCUCCUUAUAAGGUCUUUAAUUCCAAAUGGUGGGGGUAAUUCCAAAAGUUCAAAAAAGACCAAAAGAGAAGAGUGGAGAAACAGAGCAAAGAGAUCAGUAAAAGAAGUUGAUGAUGAAGAAGAUGAUAAGUUGAAGUGUCGUUUAAAAACUCUUGGAAAGCUUUUGCCUGGUGGAAAUGAGAUGGGAGUAUGUGAGUUGCUUUCAGAGGUUGAGAGCUACAUUGUUUGCCUUGAGUUGCAGGUGAGUGUUCUUCAAUCUCUAGUUGAUAUGUAGUGAUGAAAUUUCUUUCUUUCUGUGGAAUUAUUAGGAUUGUACCAAGGAGUAAAGCCAGC